UCUCUCUAUAGUGCACUGUGGACUGUAUGCACUGAAUGUGUGCACCACUCAACUCUUUGUGGAUUUAACAGGCUAGUUACACUCUUGUGAUACUAUGAUGUCUUUCUUACUGUGGACAGCUGUGUUUAUCUAUGUUACACUGUGCAUGCUGCAACAAGGGUUUGGAUAUCCACUUUCCGAACCGUCCGAAGAAUCCAGCGACCCACCUGUUCUCAAACGGGUUCGUUCCAAGCGCUGCUCUUGUAGCAGCUGGUUGGACAAGGAGUGUAUCUAUUUCUGCCACCUGGACAUCAUCUGGGUCAACACACCAAGUAAAAUCACUCCCUAUGGUCUGGGAAGUCCUCUCUCCCGUCGCCGGCGUUCCACCGGCCGCUGUGAAUGUGCGAUACCGGCCGACCAUACCUGCUCCACUUUCUGCCACAGCAGCUCUGAAAACCCUCAUAUAGUUAUUGUGACCCAACUUAAUGACCAGUCGAUUAAUGUGGGCAAAGCCAGUGAUCACAUACUCUCAUCUCUCAGGAAUGCGGUUAAAGAAAACCUCAUGACAGCUUCACAAUCUGUGUCCCCCAAAAAGAAAUGGAGAAUGAAGAAUCUCUUGAUUAGUUAGAGAGACGUGGAACUGAUGUACUCAUGAGCAUCUGAACAAAACCUGAAUGAAGAGGAUUCAUUUGGGAUCUGCCUCAUGGGAAGAAGACGCUAGACAGAACUACUUCAGCAGAAAUGUCUGUUUACAAGAGUACAAAGACGCCUUGAUUUAUGUGGUGAAAAUAAGAACAGAUCACCGGCUACAUGAAUAAAGUGGAGAUAUUUCCAAAGGAUGAAGCUGAAAUCUGACAUGGUAGUCUACAUAAGCAUACUGCUGUUACCAUUUGAGAAGACAACAAUGGAAGACAAGGGGUGUUCAACCAUUAUUUUUGCAAUGCUGUUUGGUGCCGCACAGAAAUACCACCCUUCACCUUCAAUGAAGAAAUAGAUGCUUCAUGGAAUGAAAAGUGCGACAGUAUAGCCUUUACUCUUGACACUGAACUGUUUUAAUGUGUAGUCAUUUAAUUUAACUUAUUGUAUCUUUAAGACAUUUUCUCUGUAUCAGAGCUUCAUUUAUACAUUUAUUUAUUUCUAAAUGUAUUUCUGCUUCUCAGCGCUAAUGCUUUUAAUUAUCAACGGCUCCAGAAAGUGCCUGAAUGUUUUCGAGACAAGAAAAAAAGCUGUAGCUCUGAGGAAUGUUUAUCUGUUUUUUUUUAUGACCUUCCUUGCCCCAUUUUUUCUUUUCUGUUUUUCUUUAGUGAAGGAGGAAAUAUUUAUUGCAUACUUUUUGUUGGGUGUUUAAUUCUUCAGAAUACCAGCAGGUUCAAUGGCUCAGUGUCUGCCAAAAAUGCUGUUAUUGUUUUCUCUAAUGUACAAACAGGCAGCUAAUGUCUGGUGAGUCAUAUUCCAUUACAUCAAAUAUUGUAUUGCACUGUAGAGUUCACAUUACAGCUGUAAAAUACCCUCAAUGAAUUAUUGUAAUGACUGGUUAUGCAUGUAUGUUAUGCUUAUUUAUUUGUGCAAAGUUUUGACUUUUAUAUUCAUAUUUAAUUAUGCUGCACCUGUUAUUUUUCUUCAUAUUUAGAGAGCGUCUAUUUUAAGACUCCAUGUUUUUUACACAUACUUGAAUGUUUAAACUGGAAAUGUUUGUGUCCAACAGUCAAUUUAUUUAUUUAUUUAAUUUAUUAUAAAAUGUAUUUUUGUAUGAUUGGUCUG